GCUGUAUGUGAACAAACGUGUGGACGUACAGCGGGGUGAGACGAGAUGGGCCUGUUGUAGCUAACGGAGGGGAAGUUAUGCUUAAGUCGUCUCCAAACCAACGUUUUCCGAAUGGCUAGUUUGUGGUAAAUCUUCGCAAACAUAUAAAAACGUUUAACAAUGACUUUACCCGGGAUCCUUACACUGGUGCUAUUCGCCGGGCUGCUCGUUGUUCAGCCACCGCCAGCGUUAGCAUGGGACGCAGACCUGGAGCUUUUCGACCUGGUGGAGGAGAUCCCCCAAAACUUCUACGAGUUUUUGUCUGUAAAUCAGGAUGCAUCUUCCUCAGAAAUCAGGAAGGCAUAUAGAAGACUCUCUCUUAUAUUACAUCCAGAUAAAAACAAAGAUGAAAAUGCAGAAACACAGUUCAGACAGUUAGUUGCCAUCUAUGAGGUCCUUAAGGAUGAGGAAAGAAGACAAAGUUAUGAUGACAUCCUGGUUAAUGGGCUGCCGGAUUGGAGACAGCCAGUUUUCUAUUAUCGACGUGUUCGUAAAAUGAGUAAUUCAGAGUUGGGCUUCCUCCUCUUCCUCAUUCUGACAGUGGGUCACUAUGCAGUUAUAUGGUCCAUCUACUUGGAGAAGCAGCUGGAUGAACUUCUGAGUAAGAAAAAGAAAGAGAAGAAGAAAAAGCAAAGCAGUAAGAUCACAGAAGAGAUAAAGUCCUUGACGCAAGAAAAGAACGAGAGAUCUGACCGGCCACAUUGGCAUGACAUUUUGCCUCUCAAAUUAAGCAUCUGGUUGUACUAUUCUGUGAAGUCUCUUCCUCACUUAGUCCAGGAUGUAAAGCAGUAUUACAAAGAGUAUAAGGAAAUGAAAGCAAAAGAAAGAGAGGAGGCAGAAGCAGAGGCUCUGGCAGAGCAGGAAAUGCAGCAGAAAGAAAAACGGCCCAAGGUGAAGAAGCCUAAAAUUGAAUUUCCAGUCUACGAACCCAGUACAGAUUCAGCUUUUGUGCCAGCAUAUGAUCAGGGCACAUCUAUCGAAGAUAUUGAAGAUCAGAUGGAUGACUGGUUAGAGGACAAAAAGCAGCAGCAGAAGAAAGCCAAUGAGUGGACAGAGGAAGAUCUCAGCCAGCUUUCCCGAUGUAUGGCCAAGUUUCCUGGUGGGACACCUGGCCGGUGGGAGAAGAUUGCUCAUGAGUUGGGCAGAUCGGUGACUGAGGUCAUAGCAAAAGUAAAACAAGUCAAAGACUCUGUAAACAAUACAUCAGGGUUGGUGAAGCUUUCUGAUUUGAAGGGUGGCACUGUGAUAUUGAAGAAUUCCAGAGCAGCAAUGGUACCUGACAGUUUGAUGACCCAGCGAGAGGAACCUGGAGAGCCGGAAGAUUUGGGGGAGACGGUCGGGGGAGAGGACUCAGAAAUCAAAACCCUUCGAAAGCGAACAAAGAAAUCUGCUGCCGGGAGCGCUGGUCCUGGAGCGGUGGAGGAAAGGGUAAAAGGGCGCCGACAGAGAGACUUUGACCCCACAGCUGUGGAUGAUGACAGCGAGGAUGAGAAGAAACCAUCUGUCUCGAAAGAAAAACCCAGUGCAGAUGAUGUAUGGACACAAAACCAGCAGAGGCUCUUGGAGCUGGCCUUACAACAAUACCCACGUGGCACCACUGAACGUUGGGACAAGAUUGCGAAAGUGGUGCCUGGAAAAACUAAGGAGGAGUGCAUGUCCCGGUACAAACUGCUGGCAGAGCUGGUUCAGAAAAAGAAACAAGCAAAGAGCUGACUUCUGGUUUUCAGUAUUUCGCCAUAUCUCUCACCUGCUUGUAAUGUGCCUUAAUGCAACCCUGAAUCAAGUUGCCAGAUUAUGUGCCAUAAUCAGAAGAUUGUGAAACUACAGCAUUAUUAAUUCGUGAGAUUCAUACUUGAGAAGUAUCAUGUGAAACUGCACAUAUAAACAAACAAGAUUUUAUUUAUUUUACAAUCUCUUCAAGGUAUUAGACUCUGUUGCAUUUGUUUUUCUAUGCAAACAGAACUUUCUGAGGAGCAAAAUAGUCACUUUUUAAUGUUUUCUUUCUUUGCUAUCUUUAAAUUGUUUUUCAGAAGCACAGUCUGUUGUGCUGUAAUCUGUCUUGGUCAUAUGUUACAACAUAAAGUAUUUGCAUACACCA